ACUGAAACAGGCAGCUGAUCCUGCACAUAAAUACCACUGUCUGGUUCAUCAAAUCAGAUUCAUUGGGACAGCAGAAACAGAGGCUGAAUAUCUUCUUCUGAGUUUAUUUUGCACGUCAAGAACAAUGAAAAUUGGUUCAGUUCUGCUAAUGCUGGUCUUCCUGGGGACAUGCUCGGCUUAUGACUAUAAAAACGUGGCUUUGCGUGGAAAAGCAACACAGUCAGGUCGUUUGGAGAAUAUAUUUGGAUCUGCUUCCAACGCCAUUGAUGGAAACCGUGAAUCUAAUUAUUUUGCCGGUUCAUGCAGCCACACUGUUAAACAGACUAACCCCUGGUGGAGAGUGGACCUGCUGGAGUCCUACGUGGUCACUUCUGUUGUCAUUACCAACAGAAGAGACUGCUGUCCAGAACAAAGCAAUGGGGCAGAGAUUCAUAUCGGAAAUUCUUUACAAGACAAUGGUGCUGCAAACCCAGUUGUAGCUGCAAUUCCCAGUAUCCCAGUAGGCACAAUUCACACAAUAACUGUUACAGAACAUGUGGAGGGACGUUAUGUGACUGUGGUUUUACCUGGUCCGGAUAUGUGGCUCGUACUCUGUGAAGUGGAAGUCUACGGGUACCGUGCUCCAACUGGAGAGAACCUGGCACACCAAGGAAAAGCUUCACAGUCAUCAUUGGAAUCAUAUGUUGGCAAUGCAUAUAAUGCUAUAGAUGGGAAUCGUGCCAGCAAGUGGGAAGAGGCCAACUGUGCUUGCACAAAAUACGAGCUCAAUCCCUGGUGGCGACUGGACCUGGGAAAAACCCAUAAAGUGUUUUCUGUUAAGAUAACCAACAGAGAUGCUUACCCAGAACGACUCGAUGGAGCUGAGAUCCGCAUUGGAGAUUCUCUUUCAAACAAUGGAAACAACAAUCCCCGGUGUGCGGUGAUCAGACACAUCCCUGCAGGUUUUACCCAAACGUUCCAGUGUAACGGGAUGGACGGUCGCUACGUUAACAUAGUCAUCCCUGGAAAAACUGUGUAUCUGACCCUGUGUGAGGUAGAGGUGUAUGGCUCUGUAUUGGAUUAGAUCUGGUGAGGUAAAAAAUGAAUAACAAUGGAAAUAUAAAUAGCCGGUAUUUAGCUGAUGCUUUUUCAUAGAUUCUGGUAGAAAUCAUAUCUUAAGUUUCACUUGGACAUUGACAUCAUUAGAGACAACAUAUGGUUAGAUCACAGUAAAGCUGCAUUAAUACAUGUUUGAUCACUAGGGGGCAAAAUAAUUCCAAAUUAUGCUGACAAAGACAACCCUGACAUCAUCAUGUAGUGGAAUAAAAUUGUUAUGGCUAAUAUGUUAGCAAACAGUUGCCCAUUCACACGUCCUGUCAACAAAGAACAACAUUAGCAUUCAUUUGGAGUCAUGUAUCUGUUUGCAGGAUGAAUAUGAAUCCAUUAUUCAAUCUUCUUUUAGCUCUAGUUUGGUGUCCAUGACUCCUGGGAAAAAUAUCUGUUCUACAGCUACAAGAUGCUGAAUGAAGAGCUGAAUUUGUCAUACUUUCUCCAAUUCAUGAUGUAAUGUCAUCUACAAAACGUAUCUUUUGUUCUUGAUUUCACAUCAUUCUUGUUUUUCUGUUUUUAAUCUUUGGGUUUGGCACCUGGACAUUGGCUCUGGCAAUUCCCACCUUAUCAAUAAGACGUGUACACCUAUCAUAGGUUGACUACAUGUGUGUUUGCCUUAUGCCUUUGAUUCUGAUUUGAGUCUGCUUGCAUUAUUAAAGGCUGCAUAUCAA